AGGGGCACAGCAGAAGCACAACUGAAAGAGAAGUGUGACCUAAUUUUGGAAUGUUUUGAACAAUUUCUGGAAAAAUGGGAUUAUCAUCGGCAAUAGCAUGGAUGAAUUUGAGCCCAAUAUUGAACCCGAAAUUCCGGGCACCGGGCCGGGGCCGGAAUCGGAUCCUUUUCCUUGCUACUGCUUUCGCCACCAUUCAUCCCACGCUAUCUCCUCACCACCCAUGUCACCGCCAUUACCAUUCCCAUUACUCACCAGUCCGCUGCUUAUUCCCCACUCCCAUGGCCAAUUUCUCCUCCGCCGUCUCUCCCCGCCGCCGCCUCCGGGGAGUCGUCUUCGACAUGGACGGCACCCUCACUGUCCCCGUCAUCGAUUUCGCCGCUAUGUAUAAAUCCGUGCUUGGCCACGACGAGCAUGAUCGAAUCAGAGCUCAGAACCCAUCGGGAAUCGAUAUUUUGCACAUUAUUCAGAAUUGGGCUCCCGAUAAGCAGCGCAGGGCGUACGAAGUCAUCGCCGAUUUCGAGCGCCAGGGACUUGAUCGCCUCCGAAUUAUGCCCGGUGCUGCAGAACUUUGUGCCUUUCUUGAUUCUAAGAAAAUAAGGACGGGACUAAUCACUCGCAAUAUAAAGGAAGCUGUUGAUCUUUUUCAUCAGCGUUUUGGUCGGACAUUUUAUCCAGCACUAAGCAGAGAAUUUGGUUCCUAUAAACCAAAUCCGGCCCCUCUUCUACAUAUCUGCUCUUCUUGGGAUGUCUUGCCUAAUGAAGUCAUUAUGGUCGGCGAUAGCCUCAGAGAUGAUGUGGGAUGUGGCAAGCAAGCAGGAGCUUUCACAUGUUUGCUUGACGAAACAGGAAGGUACAACCCAGCGGAUUAUGCCAACCUGGAUCUCGAACCAGAUUUUAAAGUAUCAUCGCUCGAUGAAGUUCGUCAUCUCUUGGAUGCAGAAUUCGAUCUGGCGCCAUGAUCCCAUCUCUGCCGAUGGCCUCGAUUGAUUGGGAAUUUUACUUGGGAAGUUGAGUCAUUUAUUGGGACUGGAAGGGAACCAGAGAUUUUGGUUCCUGUGAUUUAAAACAUUUAGAAUGGUGUGUUGAACAAAGUGGUGGUACUGGUAGUGAAGUGAAUGUUGUAUUUUGCCAAUCAUUUGUGGCUUUUGGUUGUUGUGAUUCAGUACUGUUCAUAUAAGAUCACAUCAAACAAGGCUGUUGUAUUAGUAUGA